AUGGAAGAAGAUUUAGAUUUUGGGAAGAAGGUUUCGAUAAACGACCCAAUGGAAGUGAUUUAUCCAUCCAAAACCGUUCUUCUUCUUCGCGAUUUUCUCGAUAUUCAACAACGCAGAGCCCAGGCAUAUUCCAAACUCAAAAGUGGCUUUUCUGACUACAUGACUUCUGGAGGGGAGUUGGCUUACCAGCAGCUUUGCAGUGGAAUCACUAAAGAGUUUAACGAAUGCUCAAAACAAGUCCUCGAAAUGGAGUCACUGCUUCAGAGUCCUGACUAUAGCCGCGUUGAUCUAGCACAAAUCCUUAGAGCUGUUCAAGAUCAGGAAAAGCAGAAACUGCAUCUGACAGCUACCAUUCAGCUGUUAAAGAAAGCUGGCCGGCCAUCUGAACGACUGGUGAGCCAUGACAAUUGCAAAUUUACAAAGCAUACAGAGCAUGAGUGUGUUCAUGUCAAGGAAAUCACUGAGGCUUCUGGGACUGAAGAAGCAGAAGCAGAUGCUGAGUUUGAUAAUGCUCUCAACGAAGCUAUUAGAGGUGUACAGGAUGCUGUAAUGGUCAUCAAUGAACAUCUAGAAGAAGUCAGAUAUGAGAUUGCAGCACUUGAACUUGAAGCAGAGUGA